AUGCGCCUUCGUCUUCGACAAAACAAACCUUUACACGAAUAUUUUGAUAAAAUUGUUGAACAAAUGCCUAACAAAGAAUGCCUGGUAGAAGUUGAAAGUGGAAGGAAAAUGACUUUUUUGGAAUUUGAUCAACAUUCUAAUAAAUUUGCAAAUUUUUUUCAGAAUUGCCAUAUUGGAUUUGAAAGUGGGGAUGUAAUUUCUCUUUUUAUGGAAAAUGGAAUUGAUUUUUUCGCUUCGCGGUUUGGUCUUUCAAAAAUUGGAAUUAUAACUGCUUGGAUUAAUACAAAUUUAAAAUCAGAGCCUUUAGCUCAUUCUAUUAGAGUGGCAAAUUGUAAAGCUAUUUUAACUACAAGGACAUUAUUUCCAGGUUUUUUUUAG